AUGCAACACGGAGAUUACACCUCCGCUCCAUAUUACCAAUACCCUCCGCAUCAAAACCCUAACCCUAACCCUAUUCCUAACCCCACCGAUCCCCACCAGAACCCCUACGCCUCAGCACCACCUUUUACGACCUCCGAUUACUCGCUUUAUUCCCAAUCUUACCCUCCGUAUUCUCUGAAUCCCGAUCCUGCCCCUCCCACCGCUCCUUCCUAUACCCCUCCUCCAAUCUCCAACCCUAAUUUGCAAACCUUCAAUCCCACACCUCAACCACCUUCUUUCCCUCCCUUUGAGACCCAUGCGCCCUAUCAACCGCCGCCUCAGCAGCCAUCGUAUCAUCCGCCAUACGAUCAGAAUCAAUCGGCUCCCAGUUAUGCCACUUUGCCACCGACAAUUCCCGCAAACCCUAACCAUAAUUCCAAUCCCUCUUCUCCUUAUUCGUCCGCUUACUCAGGCCCGUUUUCUCAACCUCCCUCCUCAGUCCCGCCUGUAUAUGAAAAUCCCUACGAAAGUUCUGUGAAAUUCGAUCAAGGCGGUGUUGGCGGUUCCUAUUUAGAUGAUAGGUACGGAAGCUACAACCGGACCCGAUCCGAUUUGGGAUCGGAUCUAUAUGGGAAGCGGUAUGAUUUAGGUCGCGAUGAAGCGUACGGCGACGGUGUUUAUGCUUACCAAGGUGACAAGGUGGAGCCAUACGGGGCUCGUGGCACAGCACCCAAGUCUUCAAGCUCGUCUUUAUUCGAUGACUACGGCAGGUCGAUCAGUUUCCCUUCUGGGAAGAACUCAUCAGUGAGCUCCGGCAAGAUCGUGCGGGCAGUGCCGAAGGCCGAUACUCAAGAAGACGCGAAGAGUGGGGUGCUUAAGUUCCGGGUCAAGCUGUUGGCUGAAAGUGGAGGACAGAGCACCAUGGAUGUUCUUUGUCAGAUUGGUUUGGAUGGUAUUCGUAUGCUUGAUCCUGCUACCAGUCGGACAUUGAGAAUAUAUCCCCUCGAGACCGUUACAAGAUGUGAAGUAACUGAUUCAUCUACAUUUGCAUUUUGGUCAAAGAGCUCUGUCGAUAUUGAGCCAAGACGUAUUAGAUUGCAGUCAAGUAGUUACACCACCAACACCCUUUUGGAUACAGUGACUGCUGCGACUGUACAGCUUAAGGAAAUGGGUGGAAGAAUCAAGCCAACUGAAUCUUUAAAGCCAAAUGAACAGUCUGCAGAGAGAAAGAAAGGAUUAACUGAUUGGAUGAACAUUAUAAAACCGGGAAAUGAGGAGAAAGAUCAUUGGGUCCCUGAUGAAGCAGUUACAAAAUGUACAGCAUGUGGGACAGAUUUUGGGGCAUUUAUCCGUAAGCAUCACUGCCGGAACUGUGGAGAUAUUUUCUGUGACAAGUGUACCCAUGGCAGAAUUGCAUUAACCGCUGAUGAGAAUGCUCCGCAGGUUCGAGUUUGUGACCGAUGCUUGGGAACUAGGUCAGUUGUUCAGGCUGAAGUGACUCAGAGGCUGAGUAAUGCUAAGGAAGUAUCUAGUAAACCUGCAGGAUUGCAGAGUCACGAGGAUCUUGCCAAGAAGCUUCAGGAGGAGAUGGAAAAGAAUCGCAAGGAAUCCUCAGGUUCAAAGUCUGAUGGAUCUGGAAGGCGGAUGAGAGAGGUUGCCUGUCCUACAUGCACGGUCCAUUUGCAGGUUCAAGUUCCCAGCUCAGGUUCGGAGACCAUCGAAUGUGGGGUUUGCCAGAAUCCAUUUCUUGUGAGUGCUCAUUGA